GGCAACUACAAUGAGUUGCGAGAAGUCCAAAGACUCCUGAAGACCCCACAAAAAAUAUGAAACAGGUGUUAAAGGAGAGACGUCAGAUCUAUAAUAUUAAAACAAAAUUGGUCCCAUUUCUAAAUAUCGAACGGUAUAUAUUCAUCUCUUUCUCUCAUCUCAAUUUGCAUAAUAUAAAUGCAAAAAAAUCCCUAAAAAUGGCGCAAACAAAAAACCUACUCAGCCAUUCUCAGACUCUCUCUCUCUCUCUCACAGAUCUCGUGAAUCCAAUGGACCAAGAAGGAGAUCCAUGUGCUCUGGAGAAGGCUUCUUUAGAGCCUAAAGCUCCAACCGCUGCUGACCCAGAUUCGGUUUCUCCAUUUGAUUCAGACCCUUCUCUGUCUGAAGAAGAAGACCUGCUAACCGAUGAAGAAAUCAUCGAGUCUGUCUAUCAGAGUCUCUUGUUAAUCAUUCUCUCAGCUGAGAUUUGGUGUUUUGAUUAUUGCAAGACACCUCCUCCUUCGCGGGUUGCAGAAACUGUUCCGGAUACUUGUCCCGGAGCUCCAAUGAAGCUCGCUAAGAUAUCAAGGUCCAUCGAUUCUGGAGGACUGAGAAGGAAACUCUUCUGAAUCUGACUGAUGAUGGAUUGAUGUUGUGACAUAAUGUUAGCUUAGCUGUAAGAGCUUUUAGGGAUUGUAAUUUAACUCUUUUUAGCUUCUUGCUUUUGCUUAUGUUUGUACAGUCUUCUUAGGCUUUUAUGAGGACUUGCUAGCUAACCUUGUUGUUGGAGACAUUCAGUUCUAUCUUUAAGAAAGAAAAAAAUCAAAACUUUCUCUUC